CUGCGAUGCCUGAAACAUGGCGGUCGAAGGUGAGAAUGUGAUCGAAUCGUCGCAUUUUCACAUGAAGUAAAAAACCCAAUAUGCCAAGAAGAGAAUUUAAAGUACUUGUAAAUAACAGUGGAAAUUUGUAGAUAAUGUCUGUUCAUCAACAACAUAAGUCAGUGGUAAAUGCCGGCGCGGUUUUUCCGAACGAAAGGUCGCCAUCGAUCUCCGAUUCGUCAGACGAGGAAGACGAUGAUCUCGACGAUGAAAGUACAGAGCACUCAGCGGUAAGGAUCAGUUACUUUCUUUUGAAAUUUUUAGUAGAAUAUCUUGUUGUUCCUUUUUUCAGUAGAACGGUUUAUAUGAGAAUUUUCUCCGUUUGAACGGUGGAAAAGUGUUUCUUGGUAUGUUAAUUAUUCUAUCUCAAUGAUUAAUAUUAAAGCUAUGGAAGCUAGCUCUUCGACUUUAUGAUGGGAGAUAUUUGUUUAGAUGAAAGGGCUAGUGCUUUUGAAUACAUUUUCGUAGCCCUGGUCUCCCGAUAGUUCUCUGAAAUGUUAUUCUCUUAUCUAAGGUAGAGUUUCGACGUAUUAUAAUUUUCAGAAGAGACAAAUGGUGAUCUUAAAGCAGUCUUGUCCUUUUGUCGUAAAUAUUCGAAACAGAGUUUGUUCGCUGUGUAUUUACCAUGAUUGACGGGUACAUUGUUCGCUUUUUCGAGGAACUAAACAAAUUUUGAUAAGAAUUGGUAAAGGAAAACGGUUACAAACGUUCUCUUUUAUGCAUAGAUUCCACUCCAUAACGAUCUGAAACUACAAAUGUGUCAUACAAGUUUGUGCGAUAUCUUUCUGGCGAGUCCCGAUUUCUAGUGACGUGAGAAGAGACUUAGCAAGCGAAAUCAAUUUUAUUUUUCAAGCUGAUAUUUCAUUGCCGGCUAGACAAUCCAUGGCGACUCUUUUGGAAACACAUUAUAAGAUUUUCCUUUAUGAUGCGAUGCUCAAAAUAUCUUUAAGUGUCGCUACGAUGGCUUAGAACGAAGCCCAAAACACGUGUCGGAGGAGUGGUCCAAAUCAGAAUCCUAGAAGUUCAAUCAUUAUUCAGUAAAAUUAUGUGGCAUUCCGCUUUUUUACUAGUGUACUUUAAAACAGAUUCAGCCGUUUAGCUCAAUACUAAAACGCCAUCAAUUUGUAAAGAUGUAAAUUGUUUAUUCCUUGACGUACAAGAAUUUCAUGACCCACUGAGGAACUGAGCGUGCAUGAAAUUGUAUACGAAAGACUUCAGCUACUAUGAGUUGGUGAGUAUCCGGAAAAAAACAAAAACAAACUGUACGAAAAGUAAAUUCUUAUCUUAAGAAAAUUACUUUAUAAGGAGAAUACACUUCCAUACUUUUAUCAAAGUGUUUGGCCAUGUCAGAAGAUGUUUGGCUAUUGUUUUUUUUGUCCCAAGGGAAGAAGUGGAAUUACAUAAUCACGUUACACCAUUGUUAUUGCUUGUUUGGUUGGAUGUAUUUUUAAUUUACUGUACGUCAAGUAUCUGUUACAAUACUCCAUAAUUUCUUGUCCAUAGUGUAAGAACCAAGAUAUCAGUUCAUUUUCUUAGUGGAAAAUGGUUUGUUGAUAUGUUUGUUGGUUUGUUGAUAUGUUUCCAUGAUGGUGUUAGAAAUUCACUUCUCAAAAGCAUUAUGAUAUCUGCUUUAAAUCUGCUUUCAAGUGUAAAGGGGUUACUUUAGGUGACAGUGUUUAAGUUGAUUCUAAUUAUUUUUGUCAAUCACAAGCCUUAGUAAAUGUGGAAUUUGGAAAACCAAAGUCUUUCAUUCACUGAAUCUCAGUCUCUUAAAAACCAAAGGUGAUUCCCUGGCACUUUGAAUUACACUUUCAUACUAAUUGAGAUCAACUUAAAAAGAAUUGAAAUUGGUGUUUCUUCAGUCAGUGACUCAGGCAGCUGGGAAAAAAUGUGAUUUCUUCCAGCAGUGGUCAAACCUAAAGGCUGUGCUUUAUCAGCCCGUGUCUCCUUGCACCUAACAUUAAUUUUUUUCUCUGGUGGCAGGAAAAUCAUAGGUUUUAAAUUGAAAUCAUAGGUUGGGCAUCCUAUAUCUCACAGAUUGACUACACUGGGCUCCCUUCAAAUUUUCUUAAAACCCGGUCUUGAACAUAUGACUUUCAGAUUACUAGUCCAGAUGCUCUGCCAAUGAGAAACCAGAGUAUUGUGAGAACUUAAGUUUUGAACUACAAUUGGUGACAUAAGUAGUGAAGCUUUCCCUCCUCUACCUUCUGUAAAUAAUGUUGUACUACUGUUCAAGCAAUCUGUUGCAAACAACAUGUACUCCAACUUUGAAUUGAGGCCGGAGGAAGGGUUGUUGAUUGUUCUCUGAAAUAAUUUAUAACCCAUUUGACAUAAGUGUCUUAAAAAAUUUCUCGCUGAUUGUAGGUUUGUGUGAAAAACAUUCUGCCUACUGGUGGCAUUUUGGCAAUGACUUAAAUGUGAUGGUGAAGUUAAAUGUAGAGACUGGUGAUUACAAUUGUAAAUAUAGAGAUUUAGAAUCUUGUUCACAGCAAAGAGAAACAUGAUCUAAUGUCAGUUUCAUCCAUUACAAUUAUCUUGGGCAGUAUUUCUUUUCUCCCUUUUUCUUAAUUUGAUAGCUUUAAUCUGAAUUUUUACUGUUUGCGGCAAAUGUGACGGUAUAUCUUGCUCAUAAGAAUGAUGUUUCCCCAGCCAGUCUGUCAGUACAUGUAAUGUACAUGUAGAUGACUUUAUAAAAGGGUUGCAUUAACUAUUUCCAAGUUAACAUGUAUCAAAAAAUGGUGUACCUAAAUCUCUCCAGUCUAGGCCAUCCUUUACACUCCUGACUUUUCUGUCUUUCUUCUGUGUACUUCUAUACAGUAGUUUUGAGCUGUCAUUUUAGGAUGAUAGUCAGAUCUAUGUCCAGUUGACAAAUGCUGAAAUUGCUUUAUAUGCUUGACUUAUUUAUCAAAUGUAUGAGAAGUUACAGGUAUGCUUAGAGGAAUACGGGUAGGAGAUAAAAAAUGAAAACUGAUUCUUAACAAAUUAUUGUAACAGACUAUUUUCCUACAGUACAUGUAGACACCCCUAUCAUGGACAUGUUGUUUAAAUUCCAUGCAUAUUGACCUUUAGAAUUAUACCUGUGUACAGUGUAGUUUUGUAUAAAAUGAUUAAACUUGGCAAGACUUAAAUUCAUGGCAUCAUCUUUCCACACUUAAUCUGUCUGUUUUAUUAAUGAUAAAUAAUAUUAGUCAAUGAGCAUAAUUACAUUGUUAUGUGUGAAAAGUUGAUUACAUAUAAUAUUGGUAAGAAAUAAAGAUGAUCUUUGUGGUGAACAGAAAUGUCAAGGUCACACUGAUGAAUGGUGAUUAAUAUUUUUUUGUUAUAGAUGGAAUACAUCCUCCGAGCAAAAAGAAGUGAACUUACUUCCAAACUUCUGAUGUCUGGUUCUGACGGCUUGAGUAAUGAUUUACGAAAAAUGGACCCUGAGACUCAGGCUCGCUUAGAGACUCUUCUAGAAGCUGCAGGUACGCUGUAUGAUUAAAUCAUGUUGCCUAAAACAAACAGUGAAAUAUUAUGGACUAGGUUAGCCUGCACCACAGACGAAACUGUAAGAAGCAAUAUGUUCUGCAUAGAAAAAGAUCUGAUGGUGACUAUUCUAGUGUCUUUCCUCAUGGUUUCAGUUUGAAAAUUUUGAGGGUUGUUUACCAUUUACAUGGGAAAAUCAGUCAGUCCACAGUUCGGGCAUAUGGUAAGCAAAAUUCAGGACUGGUAAAUUUGAAAUUUCAAAGCCCUAAAAUGCAAUUUUCAGCAUUCUGGGGACUAAAGUGAUGACCGAAGAGCAUGUUUUUCAUUCAAUAAAAUGUAGCUUUUAUUCAACUUUUGAUUUAUCAGUCACAAUCAAAUCCUACCAGCAAUGAACAAAUGAUGAAAACAAAAUUAGGUACUUUUGCACGUCAAUAAAUUCGGCGUAAACCUACAUGUAUAAGGAAACUUGUGAAAACUGACUUAAUAUAGCGUUUACAUGACUAACGCAUAACAUAAAACCAGUGGGCCGUGAUAAAAACACAUAAUAGUUUUACGAUAUAUUUUUGGUUUACAAAGUUGUUCAAACUAGUUCAUUCUUCUUUCUAGAAAAAAGUAGCCGACUUCUAUGAGCAAAGUAGCGGACGUGUUUCGUUGGCCGUCGGUGCUUAGUGAAACCAUUGAUUGUUUCCUGUACUUUAUUUUGUUUGGGUUAAUUUUAUUUUGUUUGGUAUUUUGUAAGUGUAAAGGAGCACAUUCUAGACAACAUUGCCCGUAUGGUCGGUGCACCCAGAGUUAAUUUUUUCAACCCUGUGCUAGAUUAAGAAGAAACAAGUGUUGUUCAUCUUUGCGUUCAUUUCUUUGACUGUCAGGUGUUGGUAAGCUGGCAGAUGGCAAAGCGUUUACUGAUCCUGAAGUUCUUCGUCGUUUAACAUCAUCAGUCAGUUGUGCACUGGAUGAAGCUGCUGCUGCCUUGACAAGGAUGAGAUCUCAUAAUAAUGGCAUGCCAUCAUCAGCAGGCCAAACUACUGCUGAUUCAGGUCAGUGAGGCCUCUAUUACUUAUGUAGUUGUACAUACUAUUUUUGUGUUUACAGUUUCCAUAUAAACUCGUAAAACACCAUGCAGUCUUCACAUGUCCAUGAUGUCAAUAAGUACAAUGUACUUGUAAGCAAAGCGAUGAUUCUGAAGGUCAGGUACAAAUUAAAAUACUGUAUGAUUCAGUUUGCAAACAAGAAGAGUCUAUUACAUUCUAGUCCUUGCUUGUCAUUACACCAAUUUAUUUUUUUCUAGUCAAAAGAAAUUUUGCAAAAAGGGUAAUUGUGGUCAUUGGCAUGCUACAUAACAAGAAGGUGAAGUACAAGGUUCUCAAUAGAAUCCGGCACCUGGUGAUCUAAUCGCCGCCUACUUUGGAAUUUGUAGCUGCUUACUUUGCAUUCUAUUUGCUGCUUUUCUCUUUUUCAUUCACAGGAAAAAUAAGAGAAUUCCCAAUAUCUUGAAAUUGGGGUUAUUUUGGUUCUAACUUGGGCCUAACUUGGGUCUAGUAUGGAAUUAAACUUGGGAACUGUUUAUUUCCCAAAGUAAUACCUCAAGUUAGGAAAUGGGAACAACUCCCAAGUUAUUCCCAACCUGUGCUGAAAUAGGGAAUUGUUAAAUCAACAAUAUAGACCCAUAUUUGACCCAAAUAUAGGGUCUAAUUUGGGAUAUAUUUACCCCAAGUUAAACCACAUUUAGUCCCAUAGUAGAGUUUAUCUGAACCCAGGUUUGUCCCAAAGUCAUAUCCAAGUGGUCCCAAAUAGGGUCAGAAUUGGGAAAAAUAACAAGGACCUUUUAGCCUCAUAUAGUCCCACAAUUGGGUCAAAAUGAUCCCAUCUUUUAUUCCUUGUUCCAAGCUCUGUUCAAGUUCUUCCUAAAGGACAGGGUUAAACAGCAAUAAUUUAUUUAGUUGUCACAUCUAACUAAAACACCAAACUGAUUUUGAUAUGAAAAUGCCAUUCUUUUAUUUACAUAUAUAAACUGGAAACACUUACAGUGCGUAAUGCGGUAUUUUUAACAGUGUAAAUUUACAUACAAUUCCAAUUUCGUUACAUCAAUCAUUCACAAAAACUGCACAAUGUUCUUGAAUUACUUGCCAAUAAAAUCCACUUGCAAAGUCCUUGAUCCCCGAAAACAAAUUCCUCACAAGAAGCCUUAAGGUGUUCACACAAAGUUCCCACGCACAGUCCUGCGUUGUUCCUUAAAUAGAUUCCAUCCAGCGGGCUUUGAUGACAAAACUUGAAACAAAAUCCGCAAUAAAAGUUCCUGAUUCGUACUUAACAGAAUCCAGUAAUCUUGUGAAAGUCAAAUCCAAAAGUCAAAUCCCAUGAAUAAAGGCAAUCCGUAAAAAAUCCAUUCCGUGACAAUCGCUGUAAUGGAUUUAGUAGUCCGCACGUAAACAUGUUUUUCAAAAUCCAAAAUCCAAAAGUUUCCAGAAAAUCGCUUCAAAAAUGUUCACUAUUCAUUGCUUCAGGUUCUCAAAACUCUCAAAAGGCAAGGGGAAAAACAGCAAGUACAUCUGCUGUAAAAAAAACCCUCAAGACAAAAAUUCAAAAUGGCAAAAACGUUUUGGCUGAAGACUGCGUACUAUGAAAAAAUUCAAAGGUGUUCGAUUGAAGAGGAUCGAAAUACACCAAUCAGAGAAAGGCGUUUUAAAUGCCUGUUUCCCGAGAGGUCAGCUUAUGCUGAAUUACUGCUUUGUGAUUGGCCCAUUAAUUUUAUUAUUCUUAGAUUUACUUUUAACUGAAACUUUUUCAAAAUUUGUUGAUAAUUUUACAACCUCUGUGUUUCAAAUGCCUAAAAGUAUAAAAUCCUUGCCCAGUUGUUAUUUUAAAAUCAAAUUUCAUUUUUCAACGGGUUCUCCCCAGGACUUUUUCAGUAAGAAGUAGCUUUGAACAUAGCUGUGUUCAAGCUUAGGUUUGCAAAAUUUUUAGGUACAAAUUUUUCUGUUGCAAGACUAGAGAAGAAAAUUAAGCGACUUAUUUACAGUGUAAGACAAAAAAUGUUUUUGAUAUAAGAAGAUUACAAAACUCCAGCCCUUGUAACAAAAAUAAAAAGAAGAAAUGCUGUCUUAAAACAAGAUCCUUAUACUUAAUUCAAGCUUUGUCUUAAAAUCAUUUUCGGCCUCUUAAAAACGUUUGUAAAUCAAUGUUUUUCCUUCUUAAAACAAGGAUGUUCUUUGAUUGAAGUGACUAGUUCUUAAUUUAAACGGACCUACUUUUAGAGUAAGUAAGAAGAGUUUAUCCCACUCAACAUGAAUUUUUGUUAUUUUGGGGAAAAUGUUUUGUUGGUGCAUCUUCUUUUUCUGUCUUCCUUUUCUUUAACACAAAUAAUUACAAAAAUUACCGCACACCACAAAACAGUUAAUGCUGAGGUGAGCAUGUCCCAAUUUCACUCACAAAAAUUGUGUUUGCACGAAAUAGUCCCAAAGUAGGUGUGACUUAAUUUUUAUGAACCCUAGUUAUCCCCACUGUUAUCAGCUGAAGUAUCAAAUUUUGGGACUACUUUGGGAAACAUACAUUGGUAAUUACAAGAAAUGAAAUUUACUCUCAAAAUAUACCCAACUUUGGCCCAAGAAUAACCGAUUACACCCCAAAACAGUUAAUGUUGGGGUGAGCAUGUCCCAAUUUUGACCCAUAAAAAAUGUGUUUGCUUGAAAUAGCCCCAAAGAAGGUGCAAAUUAAUUUAUGUAAACCCAAGUUAUCCCCAAUGUAAUAAGCUGAAGAAACUAAUUUUGGGUCUUAUUUGGGAAACAUAUAUUGGGAAUUACAAGUGGAGCAUUUAACUCUUAAAGUAAAACCCAACUUUGCCCCAAGAAUAACCCAACUUUAAAAGUUGGGAAUUAUUAUUUCCCAAGUUAGAACCAAGUUUGACCCAAGUUGGGAUUUGUCCAAUGUUUCCUGUGAUUUGUGCUCAUGUCCUCUACCUAACCCUUUCAUCUGAUUUGGAUUUUUCCUUGACAUUUAUUGCACAAAAUAAUUGAAACAAUCAAGACUAAACAAAUAAACUUCCUCUCUUGACAACCACCAUGUUUUCAACCACAUUUAUAAAUAUCUGGGUACAGUACGCGACAUUCACUUUGGCCCAGCCCUUCACUGUAAAAACAUGUGCUCUCUAUAGAGAGCUAUUUUUGUAAAGAUUUAUUACCAAAAUUUCAUGUAUUGUGAUUUCAUUUUAUUUAGUAUUUGUUUAAAAGUGUUGACAUUUAUAAUUUUUAGUUAACCAAAAUAAUGUUCAUGUAGGAGCUCGAAGUCUUGCCGAAGCCUGCCUUGAGGGAGAUGUUGGUGCUGUGAGGAAGCUUCUUGAAGAAGGCUGGAGUGUCCAUGAACCUACCGACGAAGGAGAAAGUCUUCUCUCGUUAGCUUGCUCAGCAGGUUUGAAUUUGUUUCCUGCAUUUAUUCCACAUUUACACAUUAAAUUAGCAGUGCAGGUUAUCACUGAGGUCACUUAAAUAUUUAAUCUUUAGGGCUGUCACUAACAUUUCAAGGUGCUGGGUGUAUGCAGUUAGUAGGUGGGGAACUGAACUGCCAGUGAGUUCUUUUGCUCCAAUUUUCCUUUAGUUUCCUACGCAAAUGGCUAGGGAUCAUGCUCAUAGUUACUAUGAGGCCGGGGGAUUUACUAAGUAGCCAGGGGAAAUCCCCAACCCCCAGCCCUCAGGGACGGCUCUAAAUCUUGAUUCUUAUUAUUCUCUGCAGGAGUUCUUUAAGUAGAAAUAAACUCACCUUUGCACCUUUUUGUGGGUCUGUUUUUUCUAAGAAAUGUACUUGUAUAUAAGGGUAAAAUCACUAACACUCUUAAAGCAAGGCAAAAACAUAUGCAGACUUAAACCAUACCAAAGCCUACAUUGUAGAUAUAGCUGCCGUAUGGCGACUUCUUUUACUGAUCACCACUAACAAUAGACGCACAACUUUAUUCUGGUUUGACUCAUUGAGGGUUACAGCAAUAAGCAAGAUGGUAGACUUUUGACCCCAAAGACUCGACUGACAUUAGGGGCGAUGUACCGUAAUUUGUCGUAUUUGAUGUGUUGUGGUUUAAACUGAAAUACAUUUGGUGAAAAUAAAACUUCAGAAAUACUGCGAGCACAAAAGAAAUACUGCAAAAGGAAAUACAGCAAACGAAUGGACAACACACUUACAUUGUUUUGGCGCAAAACUUCUGACGGCAAAAGAGAUACAACUGUACUCCUGACAGGAAACUACUACUUACAUGUAGUGCUCUUGAAGAAACAAUGAUGAAAUAAACGCUGAACUGAAAAUGCUAGAAGGUGAUUUAAGUUAAAAACAAGAAAUGCAAAUAAGGGCUAGGCACAUGUAGGAUUCCAAGGGGAGUUGAUUAGCUGCUAAAUUGUUCUUUAGGCCGUUAGAUACAAUAGUAGACAUAAUCUAACCCUAGUUACUAACAUCUGCAUAGAAUUAUUGAGAUUCUUGUUCUAAUCCCUCAACGGACUCAGUGAAUUACCAGGAGUGAGUUUUGAAUUUCCCUUCAACCUGAUUAGCCAACUGAACAGUGGCUUUUUAAAAUAAACAUCAACCAUAGCACAUACUCAAAUCCUGGUAUACAGUUAGGGCCUGAAACAAAGAUUUUGGCACUGGUUCACAGAUGGACUUAACUGGAAGUUCAGUUUCUUCUGUGGUGCAGGCUAACCAAAGUAGUAUUAUUUCACGGUUUGUUUUAGGCUAUUAUGAGCUUGCCCAGGUGCUCCUGGCCAUGAAUGCUAAUGUCGAUGAUCGUGGAAGUAAAGGCGACUGCACCCCUCUGAUGGAAGCUUCUAGUGGUGGCUAUAUUGACAUUGUCAAGCUGUUACUUGAGCACACUGCUGAUGUCAAUUCACAGUCACAGGCUGGUAACACUGCUCUCAUCUAUGCUUGUUGUGGUGGCUACGAAGAUGUUGUCGAAGAGCUAUUAAAUCAUGGUGCAGAUAUAGAGGCUCACAAUGAGAAUGGCCACACUCCUUUGAUGGAAGCUGCAAGUGGGGGACAUGUUAAUGUUGCCAAGAUGUUACUUGAACGAGGUGCUUGUAUUAACUCACAUUCAAAUGAGUUUAAGGAGAGUGCCUUGACAUUGGCAUGCUAUAAAGGUAAUAUAUAAAUAGAGAGAUGUUGUCUCCCUUUUGUAGUGUGGUUUUCUACAUAAUAACAUUGUUUUUCACUGUUAAUAAUACAGUUCUGCUUGUAGGAUGCAGUAUAGAUCUCUUUGCAAAUAAAUAUUGACUCUUGCUGUAUAUCUUUAAUGUUAGAUGUUAGCUAUAAGCACACUUGUAAUUUGGCCUUUACUGUGUACUUACAGUAGAACCCCAGUAACUUGAACUGUGAAAGGAAACAAAAAACAGUUCGUCUUAGCGAGGGUUCGAGUUAUCAGAGUCAAUUUCCCAAUUCAAUAGUUGCUGAUUUUUCAGUGCCUUAGUGUAUAGUGCAGUGCAAAUUGCACUUAUUUCAUCAGAAACAGGAACACCAUUAGACAUUUUUUAUGAUAGAAUGUGAUGUUCAUUUCACCAAUGAAAGUCAAAUUGAUGCAGUGUUGACGAGUGUUAGUUUUAGUGUUUUUGCCAUUUGUACAAAAAGAAGAGCUAAUCGGAUAUAUGGCAUCCGAGUGGAGUUACAAGAACCAGCAUUUGAGUUGUCGGGGUAAAUUUCAGUGAAUUUUUGAUCAAGUGAAAUGAAAUUUAGUUCAAUUCGAGUUAUCUGAGUUUGAGUUAUCGAGGUCACAUGUAACUAAUGAUGACGUUUUAAACUUGAAGUGAUAUCUACAAUGAAGCUCAAAGUGAUUCCCUUUAAAGUGCUUUUAAAACCUACAUGUGCAUUCUCCUUUCAAUAACAGUUUCAUACUUGGCUAGAAUUUUAAUCUACUUCACAUUUAGUUUUGGUUAGCAAUAUCUUAGCUUGUCAACGUGAUUGAAAACACUGAGUUGAAUUUGGGUCAUUUACGUUCUUUUGUUUAGAAGAAAGAAGUUAGAACAUUAGUAGAACUACAUUGCCAUAAUUAUAUUUUAGGUCACCUUGAGAUGGUCAAGUUUUUGCUUGAUGCUGGAGCUGAUCAAGAGCACAAGACAGAUGAAAUGCACACAGCACUAAUGGAGGCCUCCAUGGAUGGGCAUGUGGAAGUCGCAAAGCUUCUUUUAGAUCAUGGCGCACAGGUGUACAUAAAACUAUAUAUCUAUAAAUUCUAUUAAAAUUCAUUUCACUGCUAUGAAAUUUACUGGGCCGGGUUGCUUGAGGCUGGGUUAAGAUAACCCAAAGUUAGUGCGAAAUUUGAACUCAGAUAUGAGAGCUUAAAAAGCAAAUUCAGUGUAAUUCACUUUGCAUACAAUUUGAUGAUUGGAUACUCUAAAAAGAAUAGAAAAAUUAUCCGUGAGAGUGCUUUUGAUAAAAAGGAAAAGAAACCCGGGUUAAAAUUUGACCCCGGGUUGGGACAACUGGGCCCUGGUUUCUUAGAAGGUGGAAUCUGUCAUUUUUUUUACACACUGGACAGGGCGUGAAGACUAGGCCAAGUCAAAGUUGACAUAAACUUUAGAUGAUAUUUUGGGCAGGAGAAAAGUGAUCAUUUUUGUUUAGCAAGACUGAAAAUUCUUUCUUAAUAACUGAUGUUAUUGUUUUUGUGUGUGUCUCUUUUUUCACAAGUCCCAGUCCCUUAUGCAAUUUUGCAUUGGCUAGCAAACCUACCACUACCUCUUAGCUUGGUAAAUUAACUUGAAAUUUACUCACAACAUCUCCUGGGGAGGGAAAGCAAAGAGUUACUUCUCCCCCUUUCUAUUCAGAUAAACAACAAUUUUGUGAUGUCUUUGUAGGUUAACAUGCCUGCUGAUAGUUUUGAAUCACCUCUGACAUUAGCAGCUUGUGGUGGUCAUGUUGAGCUUGCUGAUUUGCUGAUCAAAAGGGGUGCUUUCCUAGAAGAAGUUAACGAUGAAGGGUAAGUUAUGGCUCAGUUGAGAAGAAAAUACAAGGAAAUUUAGUGCUUAGCUAUGUUGCAAUAAGAUAGUUUCAGCUGUAUCAGCUUUUGGAGUUAAAGAGUUUGGAAUAUGUGAUAACACAUUGCAUUUCAAGAACUGGUUGGAUGCUAAUAUUAAUAGCCCAUGUUUAUAUUAAAAUUCUAACAUGACUCGGAGGCUUUAGGGUCAAAAUUGCAAAUUUUUCACGACUCUGUUGUCUCUCAAUUCCCAGAAGAGACUUGGGCACAAAGAAAACCAAACUAAAAAUAGAAAUAUGAUCAGAAAGUGUCAGAGUCAUGUUAGAAUAAUUCUAACAAUGUAUCGAAUGUGGGCUAUUGAGCUACUUAGUGGUUGAUCAUGGCAAACUGAAUCAUUCAUUAAAUUCAUGGUCACACAUGUCCUUCAUACACCCAUAGGAACACCUAAUGUGUACUUAAAGCUCCAUGUCUUUAGCAGGGAGCUUGGAAAUUAACAUAGUGGAUGUAGUGUUCCUUAAGUCUUGAGUUUUGGACAAGGAACGACCCAAGUCCUUAGCAGAAAUUCAACCUACUCUCAAUUCUUGAAACUAGAGAAUCAAUUUUCAAGACUUGAGACUUGAUUCUAGAAAGUUUUCGAGAGUUGUGAAUUGAGUCUUGAGGAUCAAGGGGCUAGUGACUGUCAACUUACUUCUGAGUGGCACUGUGUAGCACAGAGGGGAUGGGAUAGUGUCAAACUCAUGGACUGAUUGUUCUGUUUCUUUUAUUUAAACUUUACCCUUGCUUUUCAGGUACACCCCUCUCAUGGAGGCCUCCAGGGAAGGGCAUCUGGAUAUGGUCGCUCUUCUUCUAGAACAUGGUAGAGAAAAUUUUUUUCAGUCAAAGAAAAAUUACUUCAGUAAAACUACUCUUUUUGAGAAGAUAUUCUGUGUGCUAUUUUCCAACAAGGUGCAUUCUUUUCAUUUAACAGGAGCUGAUAUUCAUGCACAGACGGAGGAAACUCAAGAGACAGCCUUAAGCUUAGCUUGUUGUGGCGGUUUUCAAGAUGUUGCUGCCUUUCUUCUUCAAGCAGGUAUAAAAAAUUACUAUGUGUAAUAUCAGUGAAUAGAAAUGAGAGAAAAGAGCCAAAAUUACCAAAAUUGCAUCUUAAUACAUGUACAUAAUAAACUACCAAUGGGGUUGGAAUACACUUUCAAUAACAUGUGAACUUUGAAGUUCAAUAGCCAACAGUUUACAAGCAUUUGCCUUCUUUGCUGCAUCAGUCAUCUUAGCUGACGUCGCAGAAAACAGAAGUUUUACAUGUAAUUGAUGGAUUUUGAUCCAUUUUGUGUGUCUGUGUUUCAGUGUUGGUUAUUAUGCUAGGUGGUAGCAAAACAUACAUUUUUUUCUGAAGUUGAAAGUUUGGGUGUUUUUUUAGACCAGGCCUGAAUGUCAGGCAAGGUAGCUUGGAAUAACUGAAUGCAAGUCUUUGUCCAAAGCAAAAAUUGAAAAACAUAAAUAACAAUACUUUUUUGUUCAUCUUAAAAGGUGCUGCCAUUGAACAGGGUUCAUCAACUCCUCUGAUGGAGGCUGCUCAGGAAGGACAUGUAGAGCUUGUAAGAUUCCUUCUGGAGCAAGGUAUCAUACCCUUUAAACUCAUAAAGCUUUAUUACAACAGUCACUCAAAAAAUUGUCCUUUCUGUGCUGAUUUCUAAGCUAGUGCUUAUAGCUUAUCAUAAACAUAAUAGCAAGAUCUGAGGUCUGUCAGAAAGAACAUGAAAAUAACCACAAUGGUUUUGAUAAAUAUAAAUAAAUUUGUCAGUAGAACAGCAUGAUAAUCUUGGUACAUGUAUUGGCAGUAUCACCUUUGGUAGCUUACUUUUUGUUGUUUUAUCCACUCAGUCAAACAAGCUUUGGGUGAAUGCAUUUGCAACAUACUCGUAUGGUGGUCACGUUUCCUUAUUAGAAUUUUAUAUAGUUUUCAGGCUUGAAUACAAAAAAAAUUUACCUGGAGACAGAUGCAAUGGCUAUUUCUGUUUGCUUCAGAUGUAUCCACCCUACGAUUCAGAUUGAGAGUUGUUUUUGUUUAUUCCAGGGGCAAAUGUGAAUGCAACAACUGCAACUGGUGACACCCCAUUGUCUUUUGCUUGUGAGAAUGGUCACACUGAUGUUGCUGAUGUUCUGCUUGCUGCUGGGGCUGAACUGGUAAUAUUUUGUCACCAUGGCACACAUGAACCCCCUCUGUGAUCUUAAAACAUAAAACAUAAAUAAUUUUAUUUCUUAACUGUUGUACCCCAGACUGGGUUAUACACGUGUCAUACACAUGUGCUAUCACACAUGUACCGUGUAGAACCCCAUGUCUUGUUGUAGCGUCUUGGAGUUAUUGUAUGUAAGAAACGUUAUCAUUCAUUCAAAAUAUUUUGCUGUUUCUUAUUGCCUCUAAACAGCUAACCAACUUGUGCUUACCAUUAUUUGGAAAAUGUGAGCAAUAUGCCAUCAAUUUGAUGGUAUAAAUUAUGUUAUCCUAGUAACUUUACCUACUGGUAUGAAAUAACAUUCAACCUCUCGCUAUUUUUGUCCACAGGAACAUGAAUCUGAAGCAGGUCGUACACCUCUCAUGAAAGCAGCAAGAGCUGGUCAUCUUUGCACAGUGCAGUUCCUCAUCAGUAGAGGUACAUUUUGUAACAAUGACACUUUCAAGUCAUGCUCCAAUUAUUCAUAUCUGUCUUACAAGGUACCUAUAAUAAAGUUAUGAUGGUUUUUCUACAGGAGCUGAUGUCAACCGUCAAACCACUAUGAAUGAUCACACUGUGCUGUCUCUUGCCUGUGCUGGAGGACAUUUGGCAGUUGUGGAACUUCUGUUAGCGCAUGGUGCUGAUCCUUUACAUAAGCUUAAGGUAAGGAUAACAUUGAUGCAUAUCUUCCCUGUUUAGGCAGCCACUAGUUUUCUUUUUACAACUUGUAUUUGCAUUUAAAUUUUGACGAGAGAAAUGUGAAUUUUUUAUUCAUACUUGUCUGAUAUGAGCUUUGCUGAUGCAGAGCUGCUACCAUCAACCUGGAGCUGGGCAUUUUCCAGCUACAAGGAAUAUUUUCUUCAAGCUCCAAAUUCAUUGUAGUUAAAUAUGAAAUCAAAUGUUUUUGUCCAUGUAACCUUAAUCCUCACUUUACCCCUUUUUGAUACACAAUGCACAUGAUAAAAGCUGCAAUCCUGGCCAAAAGGUUUUGGGAAGCCUACCCUUUUUUCACGUGUUUUUGUAUGGAAUUUGCAGCUAACCUCAGAUACACACUCAUAAACACGGCCUUAACGAGAAUUCCCCCCCACAAACAAAGUUGAAGACCUUAACGUGUGCAAGAUAUGUAAAAGGCGUUUGACUUGCAACAAGCCAACACUGUCCAUGAAGGCGGGGGGAGGGGUCAACUUGAAUUGCAAUUUCUUCACCUGAAACAGAAAGUGCCCCAAACGUUUUGACCAGGAUUGUAGUGCCAGCCUUUCUUUUGGCCUUUUGUGGGUUUAUUUGUGUGCCCUAUGAACAUUUAAACAAAUUUUGUGCUCAUUUUGUUUCAGGACAAUUCAAACAUUUUAAUAGAAGCCGCAAAAGGAGGCCAUGCUGCAGUGAUCUGUUUUCUACUUGAAAAUCCCAUAGUUUCCAAUCCACCUGAACUUCCACUUCAAUCAAUACCUGCCUCCCUUCCAACUCCUAUGGUGCCUCCUCCACGAGUCCCACCUGUCCAUUCUACUCAGCCUCCAGUCAUGGAACAUCCAGAUCUGCCAGAUGUGAAUGAAACCAUGUUGGAGAGCCAGCAAGCCAUGCUGAACCAGUUGUCAAAUGCUCCCUUAUCCCCGCAAUCUCCUCUGUUGCUAAAUGCUCCUGCUAACUUCCUUAUGCCAGAUGUGCCGAUCACGUCUUGUUCGACAUCCUCCACCAUGCCUUCUGUCAGCCAGUCCAUGUCUGACAUGUCAACCAACAUGACGUCAACAGCUGUGCAAACUGACAACAAGGUUGUGAUUUGCGAGAAACUGCAGCUUAUUCAAGGCAAGUUGGCCAAGGCACUGAAGAAUGCCAACCUCUCAUUAGACAACAUCCCCCCUGAGCUGCUACAGAGUGUUAAUGAGGAGGGGUCAGCACUGAAUCUUGAUGGUGAGGAGAUUGCAGUCCCUCCAUCUCCUUUCUCUAUGCCUAUUGGAACAGGUGGGGUGAUGGGAGACCAAGACAACAUUGAGGGAUUGAUGGUUGCUGAGCCGGCACAAACUCUUCAUGACACUAUUGGAGAUAUGAUAUCUGAAGGUAUGAAUAACUUAAACAGCUUGUAAAACAUUGUGAAACAAAGUAAUCAUGAGCUCCAAGUUGCAUCAAGCCUCUUUUUAAAGUGAGGGUACUGUGUCAGGGUUCGCACAGUCUUGAAAAGUCCUUAAAUUUUAGGGGACGUCCUUGAAAAGUCCUUAAAUUUUAGGGGAUGUCCUUGAAAAAUCCUUAAAUUUUGGGGGACGUCCUUGAAAAGUCCUUGAGUUUUCUUCAACUUUGAAUAUAGUGGCCUGCCCUGGAAAGUGUUUUUGAUGCUUUUUGGUUGUCUAAGAUAUAAAACAUAGCUCAGAGAAUUUAAAGGUUAUUUACAUAAAGUGCUCUAUGUUUUAUGCAAUAAUUAACCAUCAAUUUAAGACAAGUGAACUGAAAAAUGUAGAGAAGUUGGUGAAGCAAACAGUUCAAGCCUUAAACUCUUAUUAGAAUAGCCUGGAAAUGUGCAUUUUUGUACAGUCUGUAAAAUUAUAUUCCUAGUAGGUGGUCCUUGAAAAUCUAAUGUGGUCCUUGAAAAGUCCUUGAAAAAUGGUUGCAUGUUUUUGCUUGAACCCUGAGUGUAUGAGUGAAGUCAUUGAUAUGAAAAUAAGUAAAUAAAUGUUUUACUCUUAUGCAAAUUAUAUACUCAUUUACACAUGAAAGGGUUUUUGGAAUAGCCUUAUUUGCGAGUGAGGGCUCUGGAACUAGAAAAUAAUCAUCUUUCUGAAAUUAACAUUCUCACACUGAACACAGGACAGUUUGGAAGGCCACUGUCAGUAAUUAUUGCAGAUGAUGAUGAUAAAGGUUGGCCAUAGUGGUACAGAGAACAAUUUUCUGUUUCAAAAUGUGCGCUGUUGCUGAAGAAAUCAUAAGCAACCCCCUCUUCUUUACAGUACUCUGCCUUGAUUGACCUUGGCUAUUUUAACCUUGUGACAAAAGAUUGUCAAGAUAAAAAAAACACUUCACUUUUUCUCUUAAAAAGCAGCGUGAGAUACACACUUUUUAAAAUAAGUGUCAUCCAACAAUUGUAUUUGCUUCUAAGAAGAGAUUCAAAAAGCAAGAAAUACAUGUAGUUCCCCUUUUAAGUUAUAUGAUCUCUUAAAACUUAUACCAGAACUUUGCAGUAUUGACAUGACUUUCAUUUAAUUCCAGACUCAAGCAACAACAGCAGUCCUCCUACCCCACCAGAACUCUGUACACCAUCAGUGCCCUUGACACCCACCCCCUCCCCAGCAUCUCCUCAGUUCCCACCCAUGAUUGAUGUGGACCAGCAGACAGACAGUAACUCAGACACUGCUCUCACACUGGCUGCUGCAGGGGGUCAUGAUGAGCUUGUAACACUUUUGCUGGUCAAAGGCUCUGACAUUGAGCACAGGGACAAGAAAGGUGGGUUAUGGAAAAUUUUAUUGGUUACAAAUAUGCACUGUCCAAAACACUGCUUUGUUAUAAGCAAUGAUGGCCAGCAAAAAGGUUCAGCUACUUUGCUCAGAGAAGUCUGCUACUUCUCCCACCCCUAAUAAUUGAAGUAAAAAUUAAAGAAAGAUUUGUGUAACUUAGCCUUGAUGUUACAUUCGGUUAUUCUUCUCAAACCAGCUGCUUACUUACAUUUUAUUGAAACCUCCUAUAAAAAGAAGUCUCAACUUGUGCCAACUUAAAAAUAACUGGGUCCACUGUUUAUUUAUAGGUGUGACCUGUACAUGUACAUUUAUGGUUUUUUCAUUGCCAAGCUGGCUUGCACCUUGUGUCAUUUGAUCAUCAUUGUUAUAGUUGUUUGAAUAUUAGAGUAUGUUAUAUUAUGUGUAAAUAAAAACGUGGUAUUGCAGCUUAAGUUCUAGGUGAAUGCAUCAAUUUGUGAAUUGUCCAGGUAGUUAAAAGAAGUGUUGUGAAGUUGAGUUUAAAUGAAAAAGUUUUGCAAAUUAGCAUUCAAGCCUUAGUUUACUAAAGCUAUGUAUUGUUAUUUUUUUUCUUGGUUUCAGGCUGUACCCCUCUGAUUCUAGCAGCUACAGCUGGACAUGCUUCCACUGUUGAGAUCUUGAUGGAGCAUAGGGCAGAUAUUGAAGCUCAGUCAGAUCGCACGAAAGAUACUGCACUCUCCCUGGCAUGCUCUGGUGGCAGGCAAGAGGUAAGUACAGCUGGUAUAAAAAAUGCAAGUUAUUAUUUCCAGUUCUAUGAUAACAUGCAAAACUACGUAGUUCAGCAAAUUGUGUUAAUAACGUCAAUAAAGUUCUCAUUAGACUGUUUGACUGUGACAAUACACAGAUCGAAACGUACUUAUGAGAUUACAAGUCUUCAACAAUAACAUCGCGACUUAAUUGACCAAUCUGGUCAAUAACCGAGUUAGAUACCAUCAACUGACUUGAUACAACUCACUUUGACUCUGAUGACUACCGCACAGGUUGUCGAAAUGUUAGUCUCUCUCAACAACAACAGUCCUAUUCAGGACUACGCUCACCGGGAUGAUCAUACUCAACCUACUUAUGAAAUGACUCCUGGGUUCAAACCUUUCAUAGUUAUACAAACUAUGUUAGUUUGUAAAUUCAGAAUUGAAGCCAGUGUGUGUUCUUAAGAGUAGCCUGAGAAAACAACUGACUUUUCACUACGCCACCACUGGUUUCUCUGCAAAAUAGUGUCUGAGGAACAAGCUCAGAAAUUCCAUACUGAUUAUGCAUCACUACCCGGAUCUGGUCAGUGCUUCUGAUGAGUUGAAGCACAUUAUCCUUGCAGCAUGACCAAUCAGAAGUGCUAACCAGGUCUGUGUAGUGAUGCAUCAUCAGUAAGGAAUUUCUGCACUCAUUCCUCAGGUGCCAUUUCGUAGGGAAACCACUUGGUGGUGUCACAAAUGUUAGCAGUUUUCUCAGUCUGUCUUGAGAGUGCACCGGGGUACAGUGUAAGUCACCUGUAGCCCAACACCACAUGCUACAUUAUUAACCCUUUCACUGCCAAAUGUAGCCAAAGGAAAAUUUCGACCAAGUUUGCAAAUUUCAUUUUGUAAAAGUUUGAAAAACAAAAUAAUAGCACCACGUGACAGUACAGGCAGAGAGCUUUCAUUUGAAUGGUCACAUCAUAGGAUUUCGUCCACAGACUCAAAAGUUAGAGUCACCUUACAAAACUCCAUCAAGUACUCUGGCAGUGAAAGGGUUAAACUCGAAAUUAUUAUGUUGAAGUCCUUGUGUAGCACCUUCUGUAGAACUACAGUAUUCAGUUGUGAACAGUUAGAGUUUGAGUGUUAGGUCCACCCAUCAAAAUGGUCAUAUUUUAAGUCUAAGUCAAGCGAAAAUAUUUUGGUCUCUAUUAACCUCCAAAAGUUGUAACUGGAAAGAUGAAGUGUAAAAGUCAUUUAUGACGGUCACUGUUUUCUUUUAACAGGUUGUUGAGUUACUAAUUGCUAAGGGAGCCAACUUUGAACAUCGCAAUGUGUCAGAUUACACCCCACUGAGCCUUGCUGCCUCUGGAGGUUAUGUUGGGAUCAUCAAGCUUCUCUUGAAUCACGGAGCCGAAAUAAACUCGCGCACUGGAAGUAAACUUGGAAUAUCCCCCUUAAUGUUAGCAUCAAUGAAUGGCCACACAGCAGCUGUGAAGCUUCUGCUUGAUAUGGGAAGCGACAUUAAUGCACAGAUUGAGACCAAUAGGAACACUGCUCUAACUUUGGCCUGCUUCCAGGGACGUCAUGAAGUUGUCAAUCUGUUGGUGGAAAGAAAGGCAAACAUUGAACAUCGUGCUAAGGUUUGUAGCUGAUGUACAUGUACAGUUCAUCUGAAUUGCUUUAAUUAGACUAUUCAAAUGGCUUAAGUUGCUGUGUGGAAGGUUGUUGGUUGUCUUGGCUUCACGGAUGGCGCAAGAAAGACCCUAUAUUCAUGGGGGAGUUUGCACAUGCUUCCUUAAAAACAUUUAAAUUAAAAUUUUUAUCUAGCAGCAAGAAAGCAACGUUACUACUUUUGUUUAUACAUCUCUGGGAUUGUUUAAUGUUAGAAUAACAUAACUUGCAAGUUUAUUCAGGAAGUAGAAAAAAACAUCUUGAAAAGGAAACACAAGAUUAACCCUGUGAUAUCAAUUACAAAAUCAGCUAUAGUGCGACCCUAUAAUGGUCCUCAUUUUAACAGACUCCUUGGUAUAACAAAUGAUCUCCUCUUCCCCAGUAAUAGUUGAAUAUAUAGGAAAAACCUCAACAUAACAUAACUUCGUUGUAGCAGACAUAUUCAGUUUUUCCAGCCCCUGGGCCCUUCGUUAUGUUGAGGUUCCACUUUAUAACUGUAUUGGCAGAAGCUUUAGUUUUUGUUUUGAUGUACCGGUACUGUAUCCUUCAGACUGGUCUGACCCCACUGAUGGAAGCAGCUUCUGGUGGGUAUGUUGAGGUCGGAAGAAUUCUUCUUGAUAAAGGUGGUGACGUCAAUGCCCCUCCAGUUCCAUCAUCACGUGAUACAGCAUUAACGAUAGCAGCAGACAAAGGACAUUACAAAUUCUGUGACCUUCUGUUGUCCCGUGGAGCUAUGGUUGAUGUGAAGAACAAGAAAGGAAACUCACCACUUUGGCUGGCUGCUAAUGGUAUGUAACAUAUAUGCUUGUGAUACAGUGAAUUUCAUAGACGUCAGUGGUGUUGUACAGUUUUAAUUCUGAAUGUUUUAAUACCACAACACUUGUUUGUAAAACCCUCAGAGCUACAAUGCUCAUUCCUUUUCAAGAUAAUCUGCUUGAAGGCUACCUCAUUAAGCACACCUAGCCUAUGAUUUUAUAUAGCCUGCGUAGCAAGCCUUUCCGUUUGGUUUCGGAGAAAAGAAAGGCCCCUGCCCCCCCCUUUUACUCGCGCCAUUUUGGCGCCGUCUUUGACUCUCGUUCCUCGUUCUUUGCUCCGAAACCGCACGGAAACGCUUGCUACGCAGGCUUGAUUUUAUAUGGCAGCUUGGUUGGUGAUCAGAGGACCAAAUAAACAGCAAAGCCACAAAGGGAAUGGCCUCACCCUUUUGUCGCACCUGCUUUUCCCACAAAACGCCAGCUACUCAGGCUGAAGUACACCUGACUUGCCUCCACUCUCUUUUCUUUGAUAGACAUGGUAUUAAUUUAAAUUAGUAAAAUCCAACUAGUGGUCUAUUAUCACUGCUGCGUCCUGAUUGGUUGAGCUACUACUAGGCUAUAUGUUAUAGCCCACUAGUAGUGAAAAGCGCCGGCUUUUUGGCGGCAAGAAAAGGAUUUAAGUCUAGCUUUAACUAGCUAAAGUUGUUUUGUCUCGAUAUUUUUGACCAACUAGUUGGAUUUUACUAAAACAAUUAUUCCUCUCGCCCUCAUGGCCAUUCGGGCUCGAGGAAUAAUUGUUAAUUAGUUUUAUUUUAUUUCUGAAGGUGGCCAUCUGGAGGUCUGUCAGCUUCUCUUUAGCUAUGGUGCAGAUGUCGACAGUCAGGACAAUAGAAAAGUUUCAGUCUUAAUGGCAGCAUUCAGGAAGGGCCACGUCAAAGUGGUCAAAUGGCUUGUUAAACAUGUCCACCAGUUUCCUUCUGACUCUGAAUGUACAAGAUUUGUGUCCACACUGUCUGACAAGGUGAAAAACGCGUAGCAAAUAAACUUAGACUUCGAUUCUUAUAAAUUAACCGUCCAGUGGACUCUCCAUGAUUUUUUUUUACUCCCCCCCGGCUUUGUCGCAUGAAGCUAGUCUUAAACCUUUCCGCACAGAAAAUUGAUGCGUUUCCUGUAACUUCGAGAAGCAAACGAGUACUUUUCACCACCUCGUUUUUAUCUUUGCGAGUAUGCGUCCUGUCGGCAUUCAAGUCCUACCAUCAUGCAGAUGUUUUUCCCAUGAACCUAGUCUAAUGGCCCCACAAGUUAGCCCCCACGAAUCUCCUGUAGUUCAGUGGCAAGGCAUCUGGUAUUAGUUACCAGAAGGUCAUGGGCUCGACUUUUGUUAGGAGAACUCAAACUUAUCUUUUCCGCGUUAUCGGAAAAAAUAACUAAGCUUUUUUUAAAUGCCUGAUUUCUUACAGGAGCUGUUGAACAAGUGUCACAAGAACAUGGAAAUAAUCGUAACAGCCAAAGAUCGUCAAGCGGCAGAGGCGAACAAGAACGCGUCAAUUCUGCUAGAAGAGCUAGACCUUGAAAAGGAACGGGAGGAGAUGAAGAAGGCAGCUGCGGCCAGAAAAAGGGACAAGAAGAAACAAAAGAAGAAAAAGAAACUACAGGCUGAAAAGGAGGCGGAAACGAACGUAAAGAAUAUGGCUGAGAAAGAAAACAGCGAUGACAGUAGUGAACCGGAAAGGAAAAUUUCUGAGAAUGGUGGUCAGUUGAGUUCAUUGUGACAUCUCACUUUUGCUUCGUUUUAAAAUUAUUUAUGUAUUUGAUAUUACUCAGCUCAGUAAAUACUCUAUAUACAAGCAUUGUGAUACGCAGCCAGGUCGAGAUGAAUACUGGAUAACAUUUAAACAGAAUUCAGAAUUCAGCAUGGAUCGAGAAAUUAUCACAGCGUACAUUGUUGCGUCUUGUUAUGAAAUAACUGGGUUUGGCGAAAUGUACCGUGUUUUUUAUCUGUUUCGUACGUGUUUGUUGAUUUUUGCAUUACUAUCGGUUUUCCAGAAGUCUCGAGAUUAAAGAUACUGACAGGAGCUUUGCUUUAAACAAGUGCUUUGCUCAUCUCUCUUUUGUUCCUAAGUUUUAUUUAAAAAAAGAGAAAAAAAAAGCGUUGAAAUUUGUCGCCGCAAGUUAUGUUUUUAGAUCUACUUUUCUUAGUUACUUUGUUUUUUAUUUCUACAGUCGAUACCAAUGUCUUAACCCCUCCGCUGAGCACGUCUGCCGUGAUUGACAGUAACAGUGUAAGCGGGGUAAGAACAAGGAAGUCAUCUACUGGUUCACUGGACACACUCACAAGCAUUGCUAUUACUGCUGCAGUCACUACAACAUCUUCUGUAAAGUACGCUAACACAUUUAUGAUUAGAGACCUUGAAAUUCUAGGACGAGAACGACUACAAGGAAGAGAUUUGACUUAAGGUUUUUUCGCUCAUUUUAAAAAAAAUAGACGUCCUGGAAAGCUUCAUUAGACUAUUUUUCACCAGAAAAGUUAGCACGUUUAUUUUUAUAGAAAGAGAGUACGCCGUCUUCCCCCGUUGAGAAAUGGUAAACCUUCUAGCAUUUGAUAACUUGUUCCCCCCACUUCGACAUUCCCGCUGAAACGAGAAGUAGGAUGACGACGGCUACCACCUUUUCCCGCCAAAAUGACUCUGGUUCACGCGCGCGCACUGCCUUUAGUACUAGGGACUUUAAGAUCCAACGACGCGGACGACAACGAGAACGUCAAAAAAACAAUUGUUUUAAUUACCAAAACAACAAAUUCGCACGUGCAUCACACUUUUUUGUACAUUUCUUUCCCGCUUUUGAACGACUGCGACGUGAAAAUGCCUAAUUUCGCGUUUUAUGGAGGACGUAAACAAACAACGACAAAAUUUUAUUUCUCUUUUUGAGCUUGGCUAUGGUCCCUUGAAAUUCAGCUUCAGGAGGGUUCGCCUACAAUUGACAAAGUAAGUGGGUAGGAAUAAUCGCUAUAAAGACUGAAAUAACGCAAAUUCACUUUUAAGCGACGUUCUUGUGGCCGUCGCGUCGUUGGAUCUUAAAGUCCCUACUAUUACGAAAAUCUCACAGUUGUCGUCGUCGUAGAAGCUCAGGUGUCAUUAUAGUACCGCUUAAAUUAAGUUAACACCCGCUCCCGAGGGGAAAAACGCUGUUCUCGCAUCGAUCCAUUUAUCACUUCCUGGCAUUCACCAUAAUUAACAAUUAUUGUUUGCAGUUCGUUUUUGGGAUGUUUGUAAACCCCUAGAAAAAUCUACAACAUUACUUAAGCGAUUUUUUUGGGUAAAGUAAAACACAGUGUACUGCGGGAAAUUUGGAACUGGCCAAAUCGAAGACAGUUGCAUGAAAGAAAAGUAAAAAAAAAAACAAACAAACGCCAAUAAUUUCAUUUUAGUAUCCCUUCCAAACAAACCGCCAGGCGAGGUAAGUUAGUUUUGCGCAGAAACGAUGGUAGGAAAUUUAUGGAAAAUUUUGGUCUAUUACAUCUUUUACUUUCUUGCGGCUGCCUUGUCUUUUCGGAAGUAAUCAAUAGGAAAUUGUAUAUCUCUUGUUUCCCUUUUCAGGUCUAAAGACGUCAUCAGCGUUAUGAAAACUGCCGAAAUUACCAAGGUUGUAGCUACCACCAUAAUGACCCAGACCACCCCUCACAGUGCACUUUCACCGAUCACCGUAGCGACCGCAGCAGCCCAGUGUCUGGCUGUGACCCUUACUACGACCACAGCUACCACUAAGGUGUCCACUUUACCGAGUCCUAAGAAAGGCAAGAGACACGAAGACGGCUGGAAGGAAGUCGUUAGAAGGUAAUAAAAUGGUAUUUCUUUAAGGAACGACAUGUGUUCAUGCUAUGUAGAGAAGAUUCGUCUGAGACUAAAGCGUAAAGCCGUAGCAAUACAGGUUGCACUUGGUAUGAGGAGGAGGCAGAGUGAUGAUCUGUUAUAACCAUGAUCCCCCUAUAGAGCUUUUUCACUUGACGUCACGUCCGUCAUAUUGGUGUCCCAAAACAAUGAAACGGCUGCCAUGUUGGUGCCCAAACCAGUCCUGUGUGGAGUUGAACUCUUUUCUCAUGUAAAAAAACUUUCUUUUGUCCCAAUAAAUUUGCAUAUCUGUUGGCCACGUGGGUGAAAAGGCUUUACAUUAACUUCCUUUUCAAGACAGUUCUAGCCCAACCGUAUGGUGAAAACGAAUACAUAGUCUAUGCACAGUAUUCACGGCCACAAUUGUCCUACGAGAAGAUCUGUUCAACUGAUGUUCUAACAAAACGGUUUAUGUAUAUGCUGUUUUAUUCUUAGGUCCAAGAAAAUGUCCGUUUCAUCGUCCGUAAUUAGCCGUGUGAUUGGUCGAGGAGGAUGUAAUAUCAAUGCCAUUCGUGAAACAACAGGAGCCCACAUUGAUAUCGACACAAAUCGGCAGAAAACAACUGGCAGCUGUAUAAUAACAAUCAAGUAAGUUGUGCGCUAGCGCAAGUGGCUUCAAGUUAUUGCCUUGCGGUUGAAAGACUUUCAAAACUAAUUUGCAUCAAGUAACAAUGGAAACAGAAAGACUCUUUUUAAGUAGCAGAGUACUUGUAUUUGACUUUUGUCUCUUCCUUUUGUUUUUGUUUUAAUGUUAUUGAAUAUACUUAUGUUUUGUUGAGAUUAUAGAUAUAGGUUUGGCAGAAGGGUGAAAUAACCGUAGGGGUUUAGAGUGUAGUGUAAAUUGCACUCCAUUUACUUGUUGUUUUACCUAGUUUGAGGUUCACGUUUUUAAGUUCUUUUCAUUCUAAACCUCCCUUUUUCAGGGGACCUGCUGAUGCUACACGACAGGCACACCAGCUUAUCCAGGCCCUUGUCAAAGACCCUGAAUGCGACAUCAAUGACGUUCUUCCUCGAAAAAAGCACCUCCCGUCUCCAACCAGCCGUUCAGCAACUGCUACAACGAUUACCACUUCAGUCACAUCCACUGUCUCUCAUCACAGAACCCUCUCGGAACCCAAACCCAACUCUGUUAAAACGCAUUCAACGACACACUCAACGCAAACACGAACCACCUCAAAAACCACGACAGCUGUUAGUCACCAGAGCUUGUCAAAUUCUUGGCCAUCUACAAAUACCACUUCAGCAUCGGUUCGUCCGCAGGUGACCACCUCUGUGAGCAGCACCUCCGCUAAGAGUGCUGCUAUUACUUCGUCAACUCACAUGCCGAGUACAGCGCGCUGGGCGACUACGACACAGACUGCAGCCAGUACCAACAAAAAGGCACCAUUGGCGGCUACCCAGGUGACUUCCACAAGCUCCCAUCCCAUUACUGCCGCUGUUUCUUCGACAACUGCGAGGAAGACGUCUGGUGGGAAAGCAAAUGUCAGCGGCUCUUCUGGUUCUGGAGUUGUAAAACCGCCAACUCCUGCCAAGCGACAGUUGUUCCCUGAAUCAUCGUCGUCUGAGGUGUCAAGACAAGCUACAGUGAAUAAAACAACAAGAGUGGUCAAGGGUUCUCCAUCAUAUUCAUCGGUUGCAAUGGGGGUGACAAGUUCCAGUGGGUCAGUCGAUGGAGUUACACCGGUCACAUCAUCCUCGCCUUUGAGGGCAACAGGACCUGCGAUCACGUCCUUGGCUUCUUCCAAUCUUCCGCCAGCCAUCAGUAACAUCCUAUCGCACGUUGGUCAGACGCUGAGUCCCAGUGUAUGGAAUGACAUCUCUCACCCCAGUGUGCGACCAAACGUUGGCCCUGUUUCUGAUUUAGACCAUUCCUCGUCUGUUUCUCCAGCUGAUCCCAUCACACAGCCCCUGUACAUCACCACCCCGGGGGCUCUGUUCACCCCUCUCCCUCACGAGGCACCGUCAUCUUCCCCACCCAACACCUCUGGCUCACCAGUUCCCACUACAACACCUACGUCCACUUCUCCCAACUCCUCCCCUCUAGGGACAUCUCUUGCCCCUGGGAGUACAUCUGUGGUGGAGUCGACUGAUAAACCAUCCUUGAGACCAAUUGGGACAGAGAGAGCAUCCAGGAGGAUCAGCGCUAGCCCACUCCCCUCAGUGCCGGGGAUAUCACCUCUAAUAGGAACAGGUAUAGUCGGGUUUUUCUUGCCGGUGGCCAGGAUUCAUCUUUCUUUUGAUUAGUCGAAGGAGCGGGUCCGAGUAUUACAGAGUUUAAGCUUCACGUAUACGGCAAACGGCAAACGUCAGAUUCAAAUUGAGAAUGCCUCAAAAUAGAAAAUGAGCAGAUAAAAACGGUUCAAAACAAUUCUUGUGGAUAAAAAAUUGCUUGAAACGUCUAAUUUAUGUGUAGAAAUAAUGAACAGUAAACGACAAGUAAAGGGGAAAGUUGAUCACGUGGUACAAAUUCGUGGUUUGACGUAAACGUGAAGCUUAGCCUCCAUUAAGUGCAGUCACAGUGUUGAGCAAUACGAAAUGUUAAAUAUCGCCUCUCAUCGCUCCCCGAGAGAGAUGAAACUUCCCCCCCCAUCCCCCUCUCCCUCUCUCCCUAUUCCCCUCCCCCCGCUCUCUGAAUUAGCGCCGCACUCAACUAUCUGAACUUCUGGGACAGGCAGGCUAUCCACAGCAACGAAGAGCGAUGAAAUGUGGCUGUAUUCUCAGCUACGUCUAAUGCAAAACAAAAAGCUUUUUGCAGUAAGAAUCCUCAACAUAUCGUGUGAUUCAUCACGUUAGAAACUCAAAAUCUCGCACAUGUUAUGACAAUAAUAAUAAUUAUUAUUUUUAUUUUGGCCAGAGGGAACUCAAGUUGCUGGGGUUUGGAGUUAUUCUUAUGCGCCUGACCCUACACUGUCAACAGGAUGGUCAGGUGCUCCCGCUACUGUAUCAACAGCGCCCUCGCCUCCUCUUAUCAGCGGCAGUAACUCCUUGCCAGGCACAGAUGAGGAGCACUUCAGGGUGAAUCCGGGUGAUACGCUUCAAACAUUCUUGGAACGUCUUUCGCUCUCGAGUCAUCUCGGUCUCUUCCAGGUAAACGUGCACGUUUCUGUUCACUUAGCUGUUUUCAUUACUGGAGACGGAUAAUCAGUCUUAAAAAUCUUUCAAACUUGACAGAUUAACAGACGGAUCGGAUUAUUCGGAUAAUCCGUCUCUGAUGUGAAAACGGCUAUUGGGAGUUUCCUCCGUUUUAUACGAGGCUCGUUUAGUGCAAAUUAAGCUGAUAUGGGUGUAACGUUUACCCUUAACUUCUCGGUAUUCACUGAAAGUUCCCACGUUUAUUCCACUAGCGCGCGGCGCGUUUGUUUUACUUAUGACGUCAAAGUCUGUCACAUUGAUUCCAUACUAUAUUUUAAAUUUCCUGCUGCAGUGACCCCUUGUAUGAGAAUUAUUAGCCACGCAUUUAAGCGUAACUGUUUUAAAUUGAAUAUGGAUGAUUUUAUUGCCGAUAUCUGGACGAACUGUAUGCAGCGUACAGUGAAACGUGGAAAUACAGGUACCUAGACUUCCAUGUAAGUCGGCUUGUGGUCAGUCUAAAGGUAACUCGCUUUGCACCUGUGCAAUGAAGUACAGUCAAUUCUUCUUACUUAGGACAUCGAAGCAGCUGACUGUAUUUAGUGGGCGUUUAAGGUGUCCGUUUUACGGAGGUACAUGUCCGGAGAGAAUGAUUCAUAUGUUGUGAACGGUUUGACCUCGUCUAACUUACUGCGCUUUUCAAAAACACGCGAAUUCUGAACUGCAAAAGCCAACUGAUGUUAGCGUUUUUCGCUGCGGUCAAUCAUCUUAUGUAGCGGACCUCUUGCGAAACAGAAGUUUACUUCAACGGCUUCAAAAGGUCAUGGUUUAUGAUUUGUGAUUGGUGGAUUUCGAUCCGUUUUGUGUGUUUCUCUGUUUCAAGGUUUCGUUGCUUGUGAUCGUAAUGUUGAUCGACGGCAGCGAAAAAUGCAUUUGUGAAGGCGGCUUUUCAAACUUCAGAGUUCGCGUGUUUUGAAAAGCGCACUAAUGGUUUGUUCAUCGGUAGAUGUCGUAAACCUUACUCCGCGUCUUUUUUGUUGUUGUUUAGAUAAUUCCCGGACACGAGAUACAUAAUUUAAUUUCUCAUCUAUUGUUGUUGCUUUGUAGAAAAACGAAAUAGACCUGGAUGCCCUGUUGUUGAUGUCGGAAAAGGACUAUGCAGAUAUCGGCCUACCAAAGGUAAAGAAACAGUUGUGAGUCACGAUUUCGCGUUAAUUGCAUUUGCUGGUUCGGUAUUUUCAAACUGCAGAGCUGAAAGUAAUUUUCUUUCUAGAAAUGUCAUGUAAUACCAAGUCACCAUUUAGGUCCGACCAAAAAGUGCGGCCCGAGCCUAUCAAACUGGACGCAUUACGCGUUGUUAAGCAAAAAUUUGGACUGGUAGGUCGACUGUUUUCUGCUAAGUAGUCACUAAAAAUGUUAUUUCCUUGGUACAACAAACGCACACCCCCUCAAGGUAGAUUUUAUUCACCUGCUAAGUAAUAGUCUUGUAUCAAGAUUUCGUCGGAUAUGGGCCAAUUUUAGUCGUAGAUGGUCCAUUGACCGACUGUUAUUUGCAGUUCGCAGACUGACUUUCGUAAUUUGUGGUUGCUUUUAUCAGGGACCUCGGGUGAAACUGUUGAACAGUACUCGGCAACUUUACACCAGCGACAACCAAGAGUUCAGUGCCGGUCCCCCUGGUCCCUCGCCCAGCACUCGGCCCGUCGGUCGCACUCCCGGCUGGAGUCCUCAGGGGAUAAUCGCUACAUCGUCGCCACCGACAACUGUGGCUGCAGGGGUUCCAUACGGGGCGAAAAGGGUGCCGGGACGGAAGGUCGAUACGAACAAAAGAGUAAGUAAAAACCUGAAGUUUGAUUUCGAAAGUGUAGCAAUCUAUUCGUAUUGUAUAACAUCGCGUUGACUAUUAUCGAAUCUCCCAUUAUACACUCUGUUUGCGCCCAACACCACCACCCCCCCACCACACACACUUCUCGUAGGGUAUUGGAAAGGUUUAGCGAAUGGUAAGCGUCAUUCCUCAAAUAGGAAAUGAGCAGAUAAAAACAGGGCAGACUAAUUCUUAUGGAUGAAACUGGCCUGAAAUGACUAAUAUUUUUGAGAUCAAAUGAACAGUAAACGACAAGUAAAGGGAAAACUUCAUCGCGUGGUACAAAUUACCGGAACCGUGAUUCUAAAUCUCUCAUAUUCUUUAGAACAGGCGCGAUAUUAAUGAGCAAAUAUUUACGAAUUGUGAAUAGCGUAUAGACUUGCAAAUCUGUUGCAUAUUCAGUUUCUUUUUAUUUUCUUGUUUAGGAACAAGGAAGAAUUUUGUAAAUUUCCCACAAAUUUGAAUAACUGUUAAUGCUAUUAAAAUAUGCUCUCUAACUGCCUUGUGUUUUGCAGCAGGGGUGGAAAUCGUGGAGUCGAACAGCGGUUUAAAUGUUAGUGGUAAGUACAUUUCCAUAAUUUAAUAUGUUUGCCUUCUGUACCUAUCAACUGUGAGUUAAGGUGGCUCUUUGCGUUUCCUAUUACUUAAUGCAUGUUUGAUGACAAAAAAGUGUUUUACAAAGCACACUGUUCGCAAUAUUUUACCAAAGCUACCGUAUUCUCCUUUAAAUUCUUGCUAGAAGCCUUUUUCUACGGUAACAUAGUUCUCUGGAAAGAUCUUCGUUUGCAGCCUCAGGAAUUUGACAUUUUUGGUUAUGUUUGCUUUAAUCGUUUGGUUUUUUCUCACCAAUUUUCUUUAUUUGCAGGGAUUGCUACUUAACUUCGACUUUGUUGAACUCUGGACUACAGAGGACUUAAAACAAGGACCUAACUUUAUUUUUGGGUUAACUGGAACGAUAAAUGAUGAAUAA